UGUUUUCCCUACUGCAAAUAUAUAUACAUACAACCAAACUCCCACCGCUGGCCAAAAAAAAAAGCCAAACUCCCUCCCUAAUUGUACCAAUAUAAGCGCACAUCUCUGAAGCAACACAAUCUCUUUCUGUGUAUUUUAAACUUGUUGAUUAUGGGUAGAUUUGAAUCUAACUUGCCCGACACUCGCCAUUUCAAUCCCUUAGACCCUGAAGAAUUCAGAAAACAAGCCCAUCAAAUGGUAGAUUUCAUUGCUGAUUAUUACCAAAAAAUCGAAAGCUACCCAGUUCUAAGCCCGGUGCAGCCUGGCUAUCUCCACACCACUCCGGAAAACGCACCCUAUCUCGCUGAACCCUUCGAAACAAUCCUGAAAGACGUGCAAAGCCAGAUAAUCCCAGGCAUGACUCACUGGCUAAGCCCUAACUUCUUUGCAUUUUUUCCUUCCACUGUUAGCACUGCUGUUUUUCUUGGAGAAAUGCUUUGCAUUUGCUUUAACUCCGCAGGGUUCAACUGGCUAGCCUCCCCAGCCUCGACGGAGCUCGAAAUGACGGUCAUGGACUGGCUAGCUAACAUGCUGAACCUACCGAAGGCGUUCAUGUUUCAAGGCACAGGAGGUGGCAUAAUCCAAAACACCAUCAGCGAAGCUAUUCUCGUUACUCUCAUUGCGGCCAGGGACAAAGCUCUCGAUGUUGUCGGCUUCGACAACAUGCACAAGCUUGUAGUCUACGCAUCUGACCAAACUCACUCUACAUUCGCCAAAGCCUGUAAGUUGGCUGGUAUUUCACCUCCAAACAUACGGUCAAUUCACACAACUCUCGACACUGGUUUCUCUCUAUCUCCCCUUCACCUCCGAACGGUACUGGAAGCUGACGUGGCAUCCGGGUUGGUCCCGGUUUACCUUUGUGUAAAUGUGGGGACAACAUCCACCACAGCCGUUGAUCCAAUAGGACCGCUUGCUGACGUGGCGAAGGAACAUGGCAUCUGGGUGCACGUGGAUGCUGCCUACGCGGGAAGUGCAUGUAUAUGCCCGGAGUUCAGGCAUCACCUUGAUGGGAUAGAGCGAGUUGACUCACUAAGUUUGAGUCCCCAUAAGGGGCUACUGAGUUUCUUGGAUUGUUGCUGCUUGUGGGUCCAAAAGCCCAGGUUAGUAGUGAAAGCACUAAGCACCAACCCGGAGUACUUGAGAAACAAACAAAGCGAAUCGGAUUCAGUCGUGGAUUUUAAGGAUUGGCAAGUUGGUACAGGUCGGAGGUUUAAAUCGUUACGAUUAUGGCUCAUAUUCCGAAGCUACGGUAUCGUCAACCUACAAAGUCACAUCCACGUAGGAUCCGACCCAAGUUUCGAAAUGGUGGUGCCAAGGGAGUUCGGGCUGGUGUGUUUUCGGUUAAACCCCGUUGAGAAUUUAGGGUCGGAUGACACCGAGAUGUUGAACCGGAAGCUAUUGGAGUGGGUCAACUCAACAGGGCGGGUUUAUAUGACCCAUACAAAAAUCGGUGGGGUAUGCAUACUAAGAUUUGCGGUGGGGGCCACGCUGAGGGACCGCCACGUGGUUGCCGCCUGGAAGCUGAUAAAGGCAGGAGCUGAUGCAUUGCUUAAGGGCGCUUGAUCAGUUCCGCUCCCACGUGCUUCGCCUUUGGGCUUUGGGAUAUUGAAAAGAAUUUCUCAAUUUCAUGAGUAUAAAUAAUAAAUCAAUGGUGUUCUGUUCUAUUUCUAGGCUGAUUUAUGAUUUGGGAGGAAAA